AAAGAGAAUUAAAUUUAAUUCUUAAACUUGUAUAUAAAAUCAAUUGUAGGUUUCUUCACCACGUGACAGUAAACGUCAUCAUAGUUGUUCUAAAUUUCAAUCGAAAUGUAUCGUAAAUACACUUAUCUCUAUUUGAAAUGAAAUUCGAAUCGAUGAAACCUCGAAAGGGUUGACAAGGGUGAGUACCGAAAGAUAUCAAAUAACAUUGAAACUUGUAAAUUCUACCGAAAGAGGGACGGCGAAACAGGACGAAGAAAAGAUAGGUUAAUAGUAUAUUCCCUCUAAAGCAAUCAUUGCGUCGAAUCCGUUCUGUUUACGAGCGCAAGCACUGUUGUCUUCUGGUGCAGUAGCGUCAGAAGAUACACGAAGGACAAAUCACGUCGAAAGUUGGUGAUCGAUUUUCAUAAACCUUCAGAUUUCUUCGAGUAUUACCGGACACUAUCUUUAUCCGGCUUUAUCGUGAUGCAACCUCAAGUCCCCGUGCAUUACGUCGUGUAAGGUGGACGGAUAUCGAAAAAAAAUUGUAUAAACAGGAAUUAUUUCAUUCGAAUUAUUUCGUAAUGUCGGUCUCGUUUUUCAUUUUCUUCGACACGAUCUUCGUUGUUCUUUGGAUGGGCGUGAUCGAAGUGUCAGCUUUGCAUACGAAGGAUCCUCUCGCUCAUCAUGGUAGAUGCGAACCGAUUACGAUAAAUCUUUGCAUGAAUAUACCGUACAACGAAACUAUAAUGCCAAAUUUGAUGAACCAUCAGAAACAAGAAGAAGCUGGCUACGAGGUUCAUCAAUUUGCGCCUCUCGUUAAGGUUAAAUGCAGCCCUGAUCUACGUUUCUUUCUCUGUUCCGUUUAUGCACCAGUUUGCACUAUCAUCGAGAAGGCAAUACCACCGUGCAGAUCUCUGUGCGAGAGUGCUCGUGCCGGUUGUGAAGAUUUGAUGAACAGUUUUGGUUUUAAUUGGCCGGAUAACCUUGAUUGUUCUAAAUUGCCUGAAAAUGGGAAAGAACUUUGUGUUGGUACUAAUGAAACAACACCAGUGGAACCAUCGGCACCUGUAUAUUCUCCACCACGCAUGCCAGUUGCAGAGUUUCAGCCACCUUGGAACAGUGGUGGGGCCACGUCUUACAACGGUAAUGGCUUUGCGCUUGGUGCCAGAGACUUUGGAUUUGUUUGUCCCCUGCAAUUCAAGGUUCCACAUGGACUGGGUUAUUCUCUCAAAGUAGGGGAUAAAAUAGAACCUAAUUGUGGUGCACCCUGCGAUGGUAUGUUCUUUACAGAAAGAGAACGUAACUUCUCCAGAGUCUGGGUCGGUACCUGGGCAUCUCUCUGUGCUGCAUCAUGUUUUUUUACGUUCCUGACUUUUCUCAUCGAUACUGAUAGAUUUAGAUAUCCAGAGAGACCCAUUAUUUUUCUAUCGGUAUGCUAUCUCAUGGUAGCACUGACAUACGUGAUAGGAUGGGCAGCUGGUAAUUCUAUUGCAUGUAGAGAGCCUUUUCCUCCGCCUUUAGACAUGCGUAUUCAGAUGGUAUCUACAAUAACGCAAGGAACUAAGCACGAAUUAUGUACUGUGCUUUUUAUGGUGCUUUACUUUUUUGGUAUGGCAUCGAGUAUAUGGUGGGUUAUACUUACAUUGACGUGGUUUCUGGCAGCUGGUUUAAAAUGGGGACACGAAGCUAUAGAAGCACAUUCGCAGUAUUUUCAUUUAGCUGCUUGGGCAGCACCAGCAAUAAAGACCGUAACAGUCCUUGCAAUGGGAAAAGUAGAAGGAGAUAUAUUAUCCGGUGUUUGCUACGUGGGUUUGUGGAACGUUGAUGCAUUAAGAGGAUUUGUGCUAGCUCCUCUUUGCGUUUACUUAGUUCUUGGAACGGCCUUUCUUUUCGCCGGUUUUGUUUCUCUCUUUCGCAUACGUACCGUUAUGAAGCACGAUGGUACAAAGACCGAUAAGUUAGAGAAGUUAAUGAUCCGCAUCGGUAUUUUUUCCGUAUUAUAUACCGUACCAGCGCUCAUAGUGAUCGCUUGUCUUUUCUACGAGCAAGCGUAUUUCGAUCAAUGGAUGUUAACUUGGAACAUGGAGAUGUGUUCGCGACCUGGGUUGCAAUCACUUUACUCGAUGCCUUGUCCUGUUGGUGAACGUACUCGUGAUCUUGGCCGGCGGCCAGAAUUCGAAGUCUUUAUGAUAAAAUAUUUGAUGGCAAUGAUAGUUGGCAUAACUAGUAGCUUCUGGGUAUGGUCUAGUAAAACUCUCAGUAGUUGGAGACAAUUCUUUAACCAUCUUCAGGGUCGUCGUACGGAAGCGUACGUUUGAAAUUAAUUAAGUUUAAAUAUAAAAGGAAGAAGAAUGACUUUUGUCAAUGCUUUUUACUAUCAUUGACAAAUUAUAAUGCUUAGUGCAAAAAGAUGGAGAGAGAAAUAAUAUUCGGUGAUAGUUUGCUCGAAUGAUUUCGAUUUUGUAACACAUUGUACGAGAAAACACUUCCAAAAUAUUUCAGGUAUUAUUUCUAUUAUAAUAUAUAUAAUACAAUAUAACUUAAACUUAUUUGAUUUCUGAACAAUGUAUAAAAUAUGCUUAAUGCAUUGCUUACUUCCAAAGAAGAUAAAGCACGCUUGAACUCGUCAAUGUGUUGAGACUGUCACCGAUGUAGAAUUAAAAGGUUCUACAUUUUUAGAAGUUUAAUGUGCCAAACAAGUGUUAUAUUUUUAUAAACGAUACAUGUCCUCUGAAUGUCCAUAAGCCUUUUAUCUAUUUUAAUUGCAUGACACGUAUGUAAGAUAUAACGACUGAUAGUUUAUCAAUUUGAAAGUAUUAUUAUGCGAUAUCUGCUUUAAACUCUUUAUAGAUAUAUUAAUAGUACUUUUGGUAUAAACAAAUCGUUUAUUGCUCAAUUUUAUAAUUAAAAAUUAUAAGAGAUUUUCGUCAUUUAAGCAAAGCUAAGUGACUAGGUAGUAUAAAUCAUUUAUCGUAUCGGCUAUUUCACUUUAAUUAAGGAAGAACUGACGGUAAUAUGCUUAAUAAAGGAGCGUGUUUUUCGAAUAUUUUAAGAAACUGCCUAGAAAUAAUAAUACUCAGAAAAAGACUUCAAGGACUGUUGAACAUUAGAAUUUUAUUUUUCUUAUUUUUUCUAUAUAUA